AUGGACCAGCAGUCCAACAAAGCACAUCGCCCAGCAAAUUCAGGCGCGAAAGCUGAGAAGAAGAGUAAGGCGAAGGGGAAGGAGAAGCAGCAUGGAUUCAACGAAAAGGCAUUCGCACCCAAGUCUGGCCGCCGCGCAGACAGACAGGGGAGAAGAAAUGUAGAGAGGGACCAGACCCGUCUCCAUGUUCCCCUCGUCAACCGUACACCAGACGACCAGCCCCCGCCGGUUAUUGUGGCGAUCGUCGGGCCUCCCGGAGUGGGCAAAACGACCUUGCUCAAGUCCCUCGUUCGCCGCUACACGAAACAAACCCUCAAUGAAGUGAAGGGUCCUGUCACCGUUGUUAGUGGCAAAAAGAAGCGCAUUACCUUCAUCGAGUGCAACAGCGACCUCAAUUCCAUGAUUGACAUCGGCAAAAUAGCUGAUCUCGUUUUGCUCAUGAUUGACGGGUCUUAUGGGUUCGAAAUGGAAACUUUUGAAUUCCUAAACAUACUUCAAUCGCAUGGAUUUCCGAAAGUUAUCGGAGUCCUUACCCACCUGGACCUCAUCAAGAAGGCCGCCACGCUCCGUGCCACCAAGAAGGCUCUCAAGAAGCGUUUCUGGACGGAAAUCUACCAGGGUGCAAAGCUUUUCUACCUCUCCGGCGUCAUGAACGGACGCUAUCCAGACACCGAGAUUCUCAACCUCUCGCGUUUCAUCAGUGUCAUGAAGUUCAGGCCUCUCGUCUUCCGUAAUUCACAUCCCUACUUGCUCGCCGACCGUCUCGAAGACUUGACCCCACGCGAGCAAGUUCGUACCUCCAAGGGCAAGUGCGACCGUACUGUCACCGUAUAUGGUUACCUGCGCGGUACGAACCUUCGCCUUGGCACGAAGGUCCACAUCCCCGGUGUAGGCGAUCUGAGCAUGAAGAGUGUUACUGCGCUUGGCGACCCAUGUCCUCUCCCUGAUGCCGAUUCGGAAAAGCGACGGAAGCUGUCUGAGAAGAAGAAGCUACUCAUCCACGCCCCGAUGAGUGACGUUGGGGGCGUUGUGUAUGACAAGGAUGCUGUCUACAUCAAUGUUCCAGGGAGCUUCACUCGCGGUGCAGCAGACGUUCCCCAGGGCGAAGGAGAACAGAUGGUCAUGGAUCUCCAAGACGUGAAGACGACGAUCGAGGAUCAAGUAGCGCAGAGCCAGAUCAGACUCUUCGGUUCGUCAUCGAGACCGCUGAGCGUCCAAGCGGGCCCUAGUCGUCUACCCGAUGACUCGGAUGACUCGGACGACGGGAGUGACUCCGAGGAGGAUAGCGAAGACGGCAGUCGGAGUGACAGCGAUGUCGACGAAGACGCGUCAGACGGCUUCUCGGACGAAGACGACAGUGAUAUGGAAGAUGACGGCGCUGGUCCCAGCGAUCGGGGUCGGUUGUCUAUGCGAAGUGUACACCGCUCUAUGGGAGACCUGCCCUCUCAUGCACGCCAGCGACAGGAGGUUGACUACGCCGACAGCGAUUCAGACCUCGGCGAUGACAACGAUGACGGAGUGCUCGUAGGUGGGCAGGAGGAGGGCGCAGACCUGCCGGACUCGUACGAAUCUGACGAGCAAAUGGUUGACGAUUCAGAUGAGGAAGUUCCGAAAUGGAAGUCGGAUCUUGCGGCGAAGGCGCAUGCGUCGUUCACUCAGGACUCGCGCCGUAAUCGACGGAGAGACUGGACGAAGCUCAUCUACAUGACGUCCCUAUCGCCCGACGAGAUCCUGUUGGACAAACAAACUCGCAUAGCUGACGCCGGUGGUGGCAUGGGCGAUGAAGACUUCUUCACAGUAAUCAAGAAGUCUGGUGAGGAGGUUGAAGAAAUAGAUACGUCUAAAGACACUCUCAGCCCGGACCACCUGAAGGUAUGGGAAGACGAGGAACUGCUCGAUUCCUUGCGAGGUCUGUUCAUUACCGGAUCGUCCGCAGAAGCCGCAAUCACUGGCGAAGACGAUCAGGUCGAAGGUAGCGAUGCGGAGGAGGCCGACGGAGAGGUUGAUGCGGACGACCCGCAGGCUACUCGUGCGGCUGCCUUGGCGAAGAAGAAGGAGGCCCUCAAGCGCAAAUUCGACGAGCAGUACGACGACCCAGAAAGCGCAAAGGUGGACUUCUACGAGGAGCAGAAGGACCAAAUGGCACGGCAGCUGGAGCUAAACCGCGCGGAGUUCGAAGGCAUUGACCCCGAGGCCCGAGUCCUUGUAGAGGGUUACCGUCCCGGAACGUACGUCCGCAUCGAGCUCGAGAACGUUCCCUGCGAGCUUGUCGAGAACUUCGAUCCUUCAUAUCCCAUCAUCGUCGGCGGUCUCCUUGCGUCUGAGGAACGCUUCGGGUACCUGCAGGUUCGCAUCAAGCGUCACCGUUGGUACACGAAGACACUCAAGACCAACGACCCUUUGAUAUUCUCCUUGGGUUGGCGGCGAUUCCAGACCAUCCCGAUCUACUCGCUCGACGACCACUCUAUCCGCAUGCGCAUGCUCAAGUAUACUCCCGAACACAUGCACUGUUAUGCGACUUUCUACGGGCCGAUCUCCUUGCCCAACACAGGCUUCUGUGCGUUAAAUACCCUCUCAAGCGAGGUCGCCGGGUUCCGGGUGUCGGCCACCGGUGUUGUCCUUGACAUUGACCGGUCGGCGAAGAUCGUGAAGAAGUUGAAGCUCACAGGAGUGCCGUAUAAGAUCUUUAAGAACACUGCGUUCAUCAAGAACAUGUUCAACAGUGCGCUGGAGGUUGCCAAGUUUGAAGGCGCGAACAUUCGUACCGUGUCGGGCAUUCGUGGCCAGGUCAAGAAAGCACUCGCAAAACCCGACGGCGCCUUCCGAGCCACCUUCGAGGACAAGAUACUCAUGAGCGACAUCGUGUUUCUACGCGCGUGGUACUCAAUACAGCCGAGAAAAUUCUACAACCCCGUAACGUCGCUGCUGCUGUCGCAGAAGGGUCACUGGACAGGCAUGCGCCUCACGGGCCAGGUCCGCAGAGAAGAGGGCCUGAAGACUCCGACGAAUGUCAAUUCGACCUACAAGCCCGUCGAACGACCAGCCCGGCGAUUUAACACGCUGAAGGUUCCCAAGAAGCUGCAGGCUGCGUUGCCCUAUGCUUCAAAAUCGAAGCUGGUAAAGCAGCAACACCGACAGACGUACUUGCAGAAGCGCGCUGUCAUGCUCGAGCCUGAGGAGAAGAAGGCCAUCGCGCUCCUGCAGCAAAUCCGUGCCCUGCGUAAGGACCAGGUGGCUCGCAGGAAGGAAAAGCAAGAACAACGCCGCGUUACUCAUCGUCAGAAGGUCGAGAAGGAGGAGGCGAAGAAAGGAGAGAAGGAGAAGGAGAAGCGCAAACAGCACAUGCGUGCCGCCGGUAUGAAAGCUAGACAAGAGUCUGGAGAGGACGGCGGCAGGGAGCGCAAGCGCAGGAGGACUUAG